AUGGCUCCAAAUACCAGUUUGCAAUACCUGCAAGCCAAGUUUGACCCUCUGCUCAACCCAAUCGACAACUGCUACGUCGACCAGCGCUCUGUCUGUGACGAGCAGAACUCGGUCCCCUGCACCAACCUCGCCGAAGGCACCACUGAGGCAUGCUGCCCGCGCCUAACAAGUUGCAGGUCAUGCUUCAAGGCGAGAAAGGACUUGCAUUGCGGGUACCAGUACCAGUCCGAGCAGUACGGAUACGUCAACAACCGUAGCCAGCUCGACCGCCCUGGUGACUGGGACCACGGCCACCAGCAAUCCCGGGAUCCCGCUUCCCAAGCCGGUUAUCCUCACCUUCCGCCACCGCCACCGCCGGGAACGUCUCAACUGGCAUACGGGUAUCACCACGAUUAUUCUCAGGCGACGACAAUUGUUGGACCACCCAGCUAUGGGUACCCAGAACAACCGCCCGAGCCGGUGAAGGUCAUGGACAAGCAUGACUAUCAGCCGAUUGAACUGCCAGCUGCGAGGUGA